GGUUGCUAUUUGUUAAUAACAGUUGUGAAUCAAUUGCAGUUGCUUUUGAAGCUUAAAUCAGCAAAGACGCACAAGAAUUAUAAAUAAUAAUGGAGAUGCAGAACGCUGAAAAUAAAGACAAGCCACCAACUUAUUCAUCCAUUGCCAACGCUUCAGGAGUGGAGUCGCAUACUCUCGUUACUCAACAGCCUAAGCCACAAGCCGGCGCUGGGUCCAUUGGCACUGCACAAGUUACUAGAAGAGCUGCUUCGAAUUGUCCGCGUGGAUUGGAGUAUCUUGCAAGCGUUGAUCAGCUAUUGAUUACUGAACAAGUUGAGACUUGGGGCAACACUUAUGUGGUAAAGAAUGCGCUUGGCCAAAGAGUUUUCGUGGCAACUGAACAAAGCAGCUGCAUGUCCCAGGCCUGUGGCGGCGAAGAGCGUUCCAUUAAUAUUUCCAUAUGCGACAAUUUCAACAGUGAAGUCAUACAAGUCUAUCGUCCAGAGGAUUGCUGUAACUGCUGCGAAAUGCCAGCAGUGGAGGUAUCGGCAAGUGGCAACUUAAUUGGCAGCAUUCAGAAGGAGACGACAUUUAUGACGCCAGUGUUUGACAUACGUAAUCACGCUGGGGACUCUGUGCUGCGCCUCAAGGGCUCUGCACUCAGUCACCAUAAGUUUGAGCUGCAUGCAAUGAAUGGCAACACUAUUGGCAAAAUCGUUAAGCAGUGGUCUGGCCUGGCACGUGAACUCUUUACUGAUGCCGACUGCUUUGGCAUUUCGUUUCCACUGGACUUGGAUGUGCGCAUGAAGGCGGUGCUACUAGGUGCCACCUUCUUAAUUGACUUCUUGUACUUUGAGAACAAUUGAUGCUUCCAGCUUAAUUUACAACUUCCAUACAACUGCAUUGAAUGCAUUGAAUCUAAAGUGCCUCGAAACUUACAAAGCUUUUCAAAAGUCUAUGCAUUUAUAUAUUAUACAGUGUUGAAUUUCAUUUUGUACAAGCUUUUUAAAAGUGUAUGCAUCUAGUUGUUGAACAUUAAUUUUUGAUACCAAAUUUUGUACUUAUAAGUUGACUAAAACAAGGAAUACCUCAAUACUCUAUAAACGAGACCAACAAUAAACUGACAGCAA